AUGUCCGCCACCACCACCACCGCCGUUGCGUCCAACGCCGCCUGGCCUGCUUUCCCUGGUGGAAAGGAGGUGACCGUCGCGCCGCUCGCUACCGUCGAUCUUGGCCGGCUCCUCGCCAAGGACGCCGCCGAGGUUGCCAAGCUGCUCGACGUGUGCAAGACGCACGGCUUCUUCUACCUCGACCUCCAGACCUGCGAGCCCGGUCGCCAGAUCCUCGAGGCGGAGCAGGGCGUCCUCCGCUUCAUGGAGAGGUUCUUCGGCCAGCCGCUCGAUGUCAAGAUGCUCGAGGACCGCAAGUCGCACACUCAUGGCUUCAAGCCUGUGGGCACGUUCUCCGGAACCAAGAAUGGCAGCCGCGACUGCUAUGAGACACUAAAGGUCUCUCGGGCCGAAAUGGUUGAGAAGUCGCCCAAGCUCCCCGAGGAUGUCAAAAAGCAGGAGCAGCUCUUCGACACCUUCAUCUCGCUCUCGCAGCUCAUCACGCAGACCCUGCUCGAACGCCUCUCCGACGCGCUCGGCCUCGCCGGCCCCGCGCGUCUCGAGCAGUUCCACCGCGACGGCGAAGACACGAACACGACGCUCGUCAUGCUCCACUACCCGCCGAGCGACUCCGACGACACCAUCGGCCACAACAAGCACACCGACAUUGGCUCGAUCACACUCCUCUUCAGCGAGCAGUGGGGCCUCCAGGUCUGGUCGCCCGAGACCGACAGCUGGGCCUUCAUCCAGCCCCGCCCCCACGGCCACGCGACGAUCAACGUCGGUGACUCGCUCCGCUUCCUCAGCCAGAAGCAGCUCUACUCGUGUCUGCACCGUGUCAUCCCCCCGGUCGGCGGCCGCCAGAGCGAGGACCGCUACUCGAUCGCGUACUUCCUCCGCCCGGAGAACAACGCCGUGUACGAGGACCCGAACGGCAAGAAGGUCACCGCGCGCGAGUGGCACGACAACAAGUACGUGAUGUUCGGAGAGCCGCACGUCAAGCAGGAGGCGAGCCCUAUGCUCACCGGAGGGAUGGAGCCCAUCCUCGGGAGCCGUACCGUCGAGGUUGCUUAA